AUGCAGGCGUGCGGGGCGGGCGCGGCGGGGCGCCGAGCCUUUGACAGCAUCUGUCCCAACAGGAUGCUGGAGCUGCGGGGCCCGCCCCUCGGCAAGCCCGGGAAACUGGACCGGAAGUUCGCGCCCGCUCCGCGGAAGUUCUUUCCGGGCUGCAGCGGCGGCAGCCCGGUGGCGGUGUACCAGGACCCUCCGGACGCAGAACCCGCUCCGCUGCCAGCCCUCACCACCAUCGACCUGCAGGACCUCGCCGACUGCUCAGCGCUGCUCGGGGCAGACACGCCGCCUAGUGGGACUUCGGCCGCCUCGCAGAACCACUCCCUGCAAACGGCAGCGGACUUCGAUCUGCAGGAUUUUAGAGAUACGGUAGACGAGCUUAUUGCAGACUCAUCCUCUUUGAUGUCACCUCCCCUGGCCAGUGGAGACUUCCCCUUUUCUCCGUGCGACGUGCUGCCCUAUGGGCCAUGUCUCUCGCCUCGCCUAGACGCCCCCGCCCUGCAGUCUUCGCCUCUGCCUCCCCCAGACGUACCCCCACCAGAGCAGUACUGGAAGGAGGUGGCCGACCAGAACCAGAGGGCGCUGGGGGACGCGCUCGUUGAGAACAACCAAUUGCACGUGACUCUGACUCAGAAGCAGGAGGAGAUCGCCUCGCUCAAGGAGCGCAACGUGCAGCUGAAGGAACUCGCCAGUCGGACCCGGCACCUGGCCUCGGUCCUGGAUAAGCUGAUGAUCACACAGUCCCGGGAGGGCGGAGCGGCGGCCGAGCCCUUCCUGCUCAAGGCGACUGCCAAAAGGAGCCUGGAGGAGUUGUUCAGUGCGGCGGGCCAGGACUGCGAGGAAGUGGACGCCGUUCUGAGGGAGAUUUCCGAGCGCUGUGACCAGGCGCUGCAGAACCGCGACCCCAAGCGGCUCCGGCUGCAGCCCGAGCCCGCGCCCGCGCCCGCCGGCCAGGACUGCCGGCCCGGGAACCUGCACGGCGCUUUCCGCGGGCUGCGCACCGACUGCGGCCACGGCGCGCUCAACCUGAGCCACAGCCAGCUGGCGGCGGGAGGCUCCUUCAGCACCCACAUCCGCAGCCACAGCACCAUCCGCACGCUCGCCUUCCCCCAGGGCAAUGCCUUCACCAUCCGGACAGCCAACGGGGGUUACAAGUUCCGCUGGGUCCCCAGUUGA